AUGGGGACCGGGUGGCUGCGCUCCCUGCAUUGCAACUCUAACGCCCUCGACGAUGUCGUCGUGUACUCCCGGACACCCUCGUCUUCGUCGUCUUUGGCCAAGAAGCCCAUAUUCCUCGCUUCCGUCUCCUGUGGCAACGACUCCCACGCCGUCAAGGAUGUCUGCUUAUUACCGAAAUACCCCUCAUCGACGCCCAGGCCGAAGACCAAGAGUAAGCAGAGGCCAGUCCGGCCGCCUCAUUCGCCUGCUGCUGGGCCCCGCUCCCUCGCGCUCCCCUUCCCCACGCUCGAGGAUCUCCCGGCCGGUCAAUCAUCGCGCCGCGUGGUCGAGAUCAUCUUCGCCUCCAGUUGGUCCUUCUCCGGCGAAGGCGCCGCCACCUUCCCGGGGGAGAUCGAGAUGCUGUUCCGCGUCCACAACCCGGCGCGAACGGUGGCCCGGUUCGAGGAGUGCCGAGACGCGGCCCGAGCACGGGCCGCAGACGCGCGUUGCGCUGCCGACGGGAAUGAGAUGCUACGAUUUCACAGCGGCGGCGGCGGCAGUGGGCUGGUUUACAACGCUGGCGUGGUGCGCAGCGCGGUGUGGUCGGCGGGGAAGAAGGUGUCGGGCGUACGGACCUUCUCCAGCAGUGGCAUAGCGCACUCGAGCGGCGGCGGAGCUGCCGGUAGACGUGGGAUGCUGGUGUGCCGGGUCGUAGCCGGCCUAAUCAGUUCCGAGUCGGAGAACGAGUCGUCGGAGGCCGAGUCGGUGAGUCUGGAGUGCGGGGAGCUUCUGGUAUUUGAUCACCGCGCAGUGCUCCCUUGCUUCCUCAUCAUCUACACGCUCUAA